AUGGAUACGCACGACGUAUCAGGCACUCUAGAGCUUGCCCAGUCCAUUCAAAGGCGGGAAAAGACACUGGCAGAUUCCCAAGCCCGCAAGGGUCAGCGCCCGGCACGACAUCCCCGGAAUCAGGUCAUUCUCCGGUUCCAGCUGCAUCUAAUGGCAUUUCGGAUCAGGGUCCUCUCCAAGGGGCCGCAAGAUUUCACGAUAAAGUCAUCCUUUGUGCCGUUAGCCUAUGUUCCGUGCGUGGCCCCCCUCUCGGCUCUCAAGAAAACCAUGAUCGAUGAUCUGCUUCUCGAGACGCACCACAGAGGUACCUACUUACUGGUGCGGGCAGUCACCCCUCAGAAUUACAUCACUGCAGUGAUGGCCAUUGUCGAAGACGAGAAGGGCGACGUCCUCAUGGCGCAGUUAUACCACCAAGACGAUGGUCGGGCAGAGGAUAUUCUCGUCGAGGGGAUGGUCCUCAUCAUCAAGGAACCAUACUUCAAGUUGAUGUCGGACGGGGGCUACGGGCUUCGUGUCGACCACUUGUCCGACGUCGUUUUUCUCGCGGCGAAUGACGAGCGGAUCCCGAGCAGCUGGCAACAAGAAUCCGCUCAGCAGAGCGCCACUGCCCUAGCCUGGAAGACGAAGGGGAACAGCCAUGUUAAAGAGUCGUCGUAUCGGUCUGCUAUCGCGUGUUAUACUCGGGCCCUUGUUUGCGCGCCGACACCAGAAGAGACGCACACCAUCAGACUCAAUCGAUCUCUUGCGUUCUUGAAGACCCAGGAGUACGAUGCUGCUCUCUCAGAUGCUGAAUUUGCGAUGACUUCGGCGUCGUCGGUCAAGAAGCCAGUCGAGAAAGCCCUGUUCCGCAAAGCCCAAGCCCUGUACAGUCUCGAACGAUACCGAGAGUGCUGCGAAGUCCUCAAGGACCUGCGUCUCGAGUAUCCCGACAACACGGCAGCCAAAUCUGAGCUGACCCGUGCCAUCAGCCGCCUCGCAGAACAGACCCACGGGAAGUACCCAUUCAAGCAAAUGUAUGCUGAGGCAGCCUGCCUCCAACCGCCGCGUCUGGACCGCGCCACCUACCUGGGUCCAGUCGCCGUGCAGCCGGCAGGGUCUCGCGGCCGCGGGCUCUUCACGACGAAGGCAGUCAAGGCCGGCGACCUGCUCUUCUGCGAGAAGGCCUUCGCGCACGCGUUCGACGACCAGAAGGCAGACAGCGGCUGUAACACCACCAUGCUGAUCGACCCGGAGAGCAGAAGCGGCACCAUAGGCUCACAGUCUGACCUGAUCAACAUGACAGUGCAAAAGCUGCACCGCAACCCCUCGCUGCUGCCGCUCAUCACCGACCUCCACCACGGCGCGUACCAGCCUGUCGACGCCGCGGAAGUCGACGGCCAGCCCGUAGUCGACACCUUCCUCAUCCGCCGCAUCAUCGCGCUCAACUGCUUCGGCUGCCCGCUAUCGACACUGACCUCGUACCAACACGACCGCAGCCUGUCUUCCAGCCUCAGCACCACCAGUGCUUUGGAAAAAGAAAAAGAAGAAAAAAACGCCUUCCACUCAUGCGGCCUCUGGCCAACGGCAUCGUACAUCAACCACAGCUGCGACAGCAACGCGCGCCGCAGCUUCGUCGGCGACAUGAUGGUCGCGCGCGCGACGCGCGACCUGCCGGCGGGCACCGAGCUGACGUGGUGGUACCAGCAGCCGUGGCCGCGGCAGCCCGCUCAAAGCAAGAACAACAAACUGCACAGCCACUGGGGCUUCGCGUGUGCAUGCGCGCAGGCAACGUCCCCUGCAGCGCUGGCGAAGCGGGACGCUCUCGCUGCUGGGCUGCGGCGGUAUGUGUUGUCGCUGGGCGCACGGGAGCUCAGGGACGGGGAUGCGGUCGCGGUGAGGAUUCAGGGGGCGGCGGACGCCAUGGCGGCGACGUACGGCGCGCCGGCGAGCGACGUGCCGCGGCUGGCGGUGUGGAUGGCCGUGCAGAGCGCGCUGGUGAAGAUGCUGAAGGCGGGCGGGCUGGGCAUGGGACCGGUGGUGUUGAGGCCGGUGCGGAUGGUCGAGUUGCUGCUGGCGGCGUUAGCGGCGCUCGGGUUUGUUAUUGACGCCGGGGCGGCGCUCGUGGUCCGCCGGUGGGGGCUGCUGGCUACUGAUGUGGUGGAUUUGUGGCUGCUCCUCCGUGACGCGUACUAUCUUGCCGCGCCGGAGUUGGUGACUGCUGCGGAGGGCUAUGCCAGGACGGCGCAUCGUAUUGUCUUUGGCGAGGACGAGACGUUUGAAUCGUAUGGGGGUGUUUAG